AUGACGGCUAAGUAUUGCCACAAAGCGUCCCCACUCACGGCUAGAGCGAAGGGUGGAAGUAGGAAGAGGCUCCUGAGGGCCCGAAUACUUGCUCACCCACACAUGCGUUGGGUGGUGGGAGAAGGAAAUGUAUCUUUUUGGGAUGACUUAUGGCUUGGAGAUGCUCCUUUGAGGGAACUUAGUAUGGACGAUAGGGGUGGACCUCUUGUGCGCGUCGCGGAUUUCAUUAUGGAAGGGAAGUGGAACGAGGCCAAAUUGAGGCUGAUUCAAGCGCAAGCCGGCUUGACACCUCAAGUGGUGCGAAAGAUCCUUGACACACCUAUCAUUCCGGAUGGACCGGAUGUCCCGAGAUGGAGACUAUCUCGUAAUGGGGAGUUCUCACUCGCCACAACAUGGGAAACUACUCGAACCCAAAGACCUACCAUCCAAGGACUUGAUGACAUUUGGAAAGCGGGCCUUACAUCCUCUAUGGCCAUCUUUAUUUGGAGACACAUAUCUAACCGAAUCCCGGUGGACACUAAGCUCCAGUGGAGGAAAAUGGAGAUGGCAUCUAAAUGCCAAUGCUGUCCACAUCGGCCGGGCAUUGAAUCCCUGCAGCACCUAUUCAUCCAAGGGAGUGGAGCUUCCGCCGUUUGGAGGGAAUUCGACUCAUGGUUCGGGGGUUCUUCACCUCCUCUCCGGAUAAAUGACACCAUCCCUGAUAGGCUUAAAGUUUGGGCGCAAAGAGUUCGGCGGCAAGGCAGGAAGCACCUCGGCAGGGCUAUGCCGUACAUCAUCCUUUGGUUCCUUUGGGCGGAACGCAAUAGGAGUCGCCAUCAAUCGGUAAGGUUUAAGCCAUUUAACGUUGUUUGGCAGGUGCAAACGUUCAUCAGAAAUGGCAUGACAAAUGGGACUUACAAACCGAAGCACUGGAAGGGAGUUCUCCUUAAAGUCAAUAUUCCGAAUCAGGCUGAGCCACGGAGGUCUAGGCCGCUUGCGAUGGCCAUCAAGUGGAACCCACCAGAACAACCAUGGAUCAAACUCAAUACGGAUGGUGCGUACUGUGAGGAUACGGACAAAGCCUGA